GGCAGCCCGGCGCCGCGCACGCCCCGCCUGCCCAUCGGCACCAGGGUCAAGCUCGUCAACGGCGACAUGGUGUACGACAGCAUUAACCAGGGCCGGCGGGUAGACGUGCUGUGGCCCGACGAUAGGUGGCGCCAGCACGGCGGCAAGAACCACUGGGGCUCCUGGCUGCCGGACGGCCGGCAGGGCACGGUGGUGCACUUCUGGUGUCCGUCGCACCCCGACAGGCGCUACCGGUCGCACGUGGACCGCACGACUCCGCGGCCCACCCACCCGACGUGCCGCCCUCAUCUCACCUGCCCCGCCGCGCCCCCAGGUCGCACGUCGCACGUGGACCGCACGAUCCUGCUGCUGGAGAUGAACGGUGGCAACUACGUGCCGGUGGCCGAGGCCGGCUGCCAGCCGGUCGACGACGCGCUCACGGAGCCCGAGCGGGUGGUCGAUGUGUGA